AUGCAGGAAACAGAUCUUCACUACCCGCCGGAAACAUGUCCUUUUUGCAAUAUCGCUGCUGCGUUUCCUUUUCCAAGUCCAACCCAACGCUCAACGCCACACCUAUGGGCGGGUAGCAGCAUCACAAGGAAUGCCGAGUUGGCUUCAUGCAUACCAGAUGACGAAGAGAGUGCGCCUGAUAAGACUAGUCCGAGCAGUUUUGUGGUACUCAGGAGUCGGGAUGUUGUUGCUUUUUUGGAUAUUCUUCCCAUGACGGGCGUUGAAGACGAUGAUUACAUUCGCUUCUGGUUACCAUUACUUGCCAGGACAGUGGCCAAAGUGACGGGUGUGACAGAUUACAACAUUGUACAAAAUAACGGAGCAAGAGCCGCCCAGGUAGUACCACAUGUACACUUUCACAUUAUACCGCGCCCAGAGACGAUGCCAGAAAUCAAGAACAAGAGCUGGACAAUGUUUGGUCGUGGUCAGCGCGAUGAUCUGGAUGAUGAAGAUGGCUCAAAGAUGGCCGGGGAAAUGAGAAAGGUUCUUAGGGAAGAGGUGGGCAAGAUGAGUGUUGGAGAUGGCUCCAAGUUAUGA